AUUGGCUCUAAAAUCGUAAAAAUAGAUAACCAGUUACUUUAUGGCGCAGUGUUGCGUUACACCUAUGCUGUAUAGUGGUCCUAAUCAAGACGUACCGGAUUAUCUCCCGGACACAGUGGGCAACGAUGUCCGGCAGUAGUGAUGCUGACCUAUUGGAAGAUGGAGUGGAUUGGCAAGCCAAACACAACGACAACCAGGGCUCAGAUCGUUCUUCAGCGGCGGGUGAAGGGCGCCCUUCUGGCAAGAGUAACAAUCUGCCCAUUGCGAGAAUAAAAAAAAUAAUGAAGGAGGGUGAACACCCGGGUAUGAUCGCAGCAGAUGCACCGGUACUACUAGCCAAAGCUUGUGAAAUGCUCAUAAAAGACCUUACUUUGCAGUCAUGGGACUGCACUGUAACCACAAGCCGCUGCACCUUGCAAAGGCAAGAUGUUGCAGCCGCUAUCUUUAAGAACGACAUUUACAACUUCAUGUUAGAUAUAUUCACACCUGAUGAACUGAUUCCAAAAAUGGAGCCAAAAGUUGGCAAUGCUAUGCAGUUCAACAACAUGAAGCUCGCCAAAGACCCACGUGGAUUCGCCGCUCUGCAUGGCGCGGCUAAUUCUCGUAAUGGCUAUUUGAGAAAAGGUAUGGCUGUGGCACAGAUUCCUCGGCUCAUGGGCCCUAAAGAUAUAUAUAACCCCGGAGUACAACGUCCCUUGAUGAGUCGCGCUCCGCAGGGGCGUGCAAUGGGUUCUUAUAACACGUUUACGAUGGCCUCCCGUGGUGUCAAUGGACUGAACAAUAUGUUGCAGUUUUCUAAUCGGAUGGGAUUGGGCAACUCGCCACAGACUACUUUUACACCGAACACACCGAUACAACCGCGCCCCAAAUCACAGACAAUGGCGCCGGGAUAUAUGCAUAUCCCCGGUAUCAACAAACAAAUGAGUCAUAACCAGCAUCAAUCCUCAUACGUUCAACCAUAUGCGACAGGGCAGAACCUUGAGUCCCCCAGGACUCAUCAACCGCAGCAAUAGGCUGUGAUAAU